UUACAAGAAUUUUUGAUAAACGAUUCCAAUACCAUAGAAUAAAGAAUAUCCAAAAUUGAAAAGAUUCAUAUUCACAAUAAAACAACAUUGGACGAUGAACCAUCAUCAUCAAGAUGAACAACUCAACUGGUUUACGGAGCGUAGUGUGUUAUGGCCUGGACAAGCACAAUCUCUACAAAUAGAGCAAGUUUUAUUCAGUGAAAAGAGUAAAUUUCAAGAUAUUCUCGUUUUCCAAAGCAAAACAUAUGGAAAAGUUCUCGUGUUAGAUGGAGUCAUCCAAGUAACUGAGCGAGAUGAGUUUGCUUACCAGGAAAUGAUAGUACACUUGCCCAUGUUUAGUCACCACUGUCCGGAACGUGUUUUGGUAAUUGGUGGAGGUGACGGCGGUGUUAUCAGAGAAGUCCUGAAACAUGAUUGCGUUCAAGAAAUAGUAUUAUGUGAAAUCGAUAGUAUGGUAGUCGACGUGUGUAAGACUUAUCUCCCCCAAUUAUCUGUUGGCUUAGAUGAUCCUCGAGUCAAAAUAGAAUAUCGAGAUGGAGCAGAAUAUUUGAGACAACAUCCUCAUUCGUUUGACGUAAUUAUAACCGAUUCCUCCGAUCCUGUAGGUCCAGCAGACGUUCUAUUUCAAAGACCGUUUUAUGAAAGCCUACAUACUGCACUCAAACCAGAUGGAAUAUGUUGUUGUCAAGCAGAAAGUAUUUGGUUGCACAUGGACCUCAUACGUCCAUUGCUUGAUACUUGUCGAAAUAUUUUUGCUUCCGUUUCAUACGCUUAUACGAUGAUUCCAACAUAUCCUGGAGGACAGAUCGGUUUUGCUAUUUGCUCCAAGUCGGUACGUGAUAACAUACGGCAGCCUUUGAGAAAACCUGAUAUGACCUUACUACAAACAUUGAAAUAUUAUUGUCCUGAAAUACAUCAGGCAGCCUUUGUAUUGCCUCUUUUUGCUAAAAGGGAAUUGGAAGACAGUUCUUAAUUGUUGUUGUUCUUGUGUAAUAAUAUAUAGAAGCUAAGAGUCAAUAAAGUUUUCUUUCUUGAU